GCCGACCACUGCUAAAGGUACCUGUCUACAUUUGACCACCGACAUUCAUUAAUCAUUAAUACUACCAAACAACCACAGACAACUCGUGUGAACAUUUACAAUAAUCCUCAAGUUUUGAUAACUUGAGUACCUAAACCUCUCCUUAAGCCAUCUAUGACGAUGGAAUUACAUUAUGAAUCACGGUAAAAUGCAUUUCCAGGAAACAGCCGGUCUAUAUGCCGCUGCUGCUCUGUUGCGAUUAGUACUCUUCGCUUUCUUUCCUGGACUUCCAGAUCUGUUGACUGCUCGCGUCGAGCUUUCAACUGCCGUGACAAGCUUCAAGAGACUGCAAGAAGGAUUGUUCCUGUAUAAUCACAAUGUUUCGCCGUAUGACGGCGGCGUGUACCAUCAGGCGCCUUUACUCCUCCCACUUUUCUCGCUGCUACCAGACCCAGCGACCUAUCCCAUAUUCGCAUAUAUCCUAUACAUAAUAGUCGAUCUACUAAGCGCCGAUGCGCUAUACAAAAUUGCCGAGUCGGGCGAAGCGAGCGCAUCGAGACUCUUCACCUCGGCUCGCAAAGAGAGAAAAUGGAGCGGCUACAUUGUCGCAGCUCUCUUUCUUUUCAACCCCUUCACCAUCGCGACAUGCAUGGCCCGUCCGACUAAUGUCUUCACCACAUGCGCCAUCCUCCACGCAAUAGCAAAGGCCGUAGCCGGCAACCCUUUUACCUCCAUGCUGGCCCUAUCCUUCGCGACCUACCUCUCGAUGUACCCCAUAUUACUCUUACCACCCUUGAUACUUCUAGCAUACGAUAGGCAGCACGCGUCGAAUAGGAUAUCGUCCUUACCACAAUUCUCUGUCGUCAAUAUUGCAGCAGUUGCGCUCCAAUUGUCGAUCUUAUUUCUAGGCUCCUAUCUCCUUAGCGGGUCCUGGGAGUUCCUAGCCUCAACCUACGGUAUCCAAUUAACAUUGACCGAUCUUACACCAAACGUCGGGCUAUGGUGGUACUUCUUCGUCGAGAUGUUUGACAGUUUCCGUGCGUUCUUCCUAGGUGUCUUCUGGCUACAUCUUUCGUGCUACGUAGGCGGGCUCUCCAUCCGUCUUCGCCCGCAGCCACUAGCCGUGCUUACACUCCUCCUGGGCAUAUUUGCUAUAUUUAAGCCCUACCCCAGCGUUGCCGAUACGACGCUAUUCCUCGGCAUGGUGCCACUAUUCAGGCACGUAUUCCCGCUCUUGCGGUACACCUUCGUGACCACGUCCACCGUGCUCUAUUCCACCUUUUUGGGCCCUGCUUUCUACUACCUGUGGAUCUACGCCGGCAGCGGCAACGCAAACUUCUUCUACGCCAUCACCCUCGUCUGGAGUCUUGGCCAGAGCCUGCUUGUUAGCGACCUCGCAUUUGCGCUACUCCGUGACGAGUGGGAGGUUGAACGCCCUGAGAUGGUGGGGAAGGAAAUCCGACAGAUCUAGUAGAUCGCGUUGGUGCUCGAUUCUUUCAAACCUGAUCAGCGUUGUUUGUACGAUUUUUGUCGGGGAAACAAAGCCCCUGAGAUAGACAAAGUAGACUUGGCUGGAGCAUUAUAAUCAUAAGGCAAAAUAAAAUGUCAUAGUCGUUAUAGAAUUCUAAGGUUACGCAUAAGUUCCCUCUGGAGUGAGCACUAGGUAACAUUUCGAGGACAUAUGUACCUACACCUUCAACGUGAAGCUACUCAUUCAUCUCAUCUCAGGCACGCAAGGGAUACGCAGGGACCUAGUAUCUACCCCUGAGGAUCGUACCUAUGUAAGGCGACUUAAUAGGAACAACAUGAUGGCAGGUUUUAUAUUACCUUUUCCCGGGGAUGCAUGUAAGGAGGCAUCAUACGCCUAUCUGUCUGCUCUCAGGGGCCACGUUAUUAUCUCUAUAGUAUGCGGUUAGUUCCGCUCACUUCGAUCAAACAAUGAAGGUGGGUGGGUGUCAGGGUCGGAAAAUGCCUAUCCCCUAUUCCAUAGUAUGUAGAUAAUAGACUGCAGAUAGGGACA